GUAAAAGGAGCAGGCGACAAGCUGUGAAAACAUUCGCCCUGACUGAUGUGCCCAAGUCGGACGGGACUCUACUGUCCGCAGGAGCUUCUCUGACCUCAGCACCGAGCUUUCCCGUGGAGCGCCAGGCACCGCAGAGCAGCACCUUGAGAGGAAAGUGCGGUUUGGUGAAGCGACGCUGAGGACCAGCAGCCAACUUGGACAGCUGCGUGUUUUCAGGCGACCAUCAACAAAGAAUGAAGUCGCUGAAACGAGCUCUUGAGGACCAACGCCGGCCGGAGCAGGGGAACUCCUCAGCUAUGUCUGACAGCGACGAAGGCAAUUCGCUUUGCGGAAAGCGCCGUCGUCGUGGCAACCUGCCGAAAGAAGCGGUUCAGAUUCUGCGAAACUGGCUGUACAAGCACCGCUUCAACGCUUACCCAUCCGAGCAGGAGAAGCUCAGUCUGUCUGGACAGACCAAACUCUCUGUUCUGCAGAUUUGCAACUGGUUCAUCAACGCUCGCCGCCGCCUGCUUCCCAGUUUGCUGCGCAAGGACGGAAAAGACCCCUCCAAAUUCACCAUCUCUCGCAAGCUUGGUGCAAAGACGGAGAGCCACUCCCCUCCUGCAGAGGGCGCCGCCUCCUCAGAGAGCCGCUGUUCCAGCAGCACCACGUCUUUUCACCGCCAGUCUGUCAUUCGCUCGACUCCGACGCUGGACCUCACCGUGUUGGGGAACACAGCCACGGCAAUCCUCACCAGCGCCGGCUACCCUGGAAAGGAAGCGUCGGUCCAAGCGCUGAUGAGGCUGGACACUCACACUCUCCUCAUGGAGGCUGAAGAAAAGGUGGCAGCGGCAGCCGCUGCCCGAACGACCAGCCCCACUGGCGGGCUCUUCAAUACGCCUCCCCCGACUCCUCCAGACGUGUAUCCCAGCCAUGACUUCAGCGACCUCAGGCUGCUGGUGGAUGCGGCCUUGAUACGAGCAGCGGAGCUGGAGAGUCAGAAAAAACAGGACAGCAAAUCUAGUGUGACGGAACCAACCAAAGUGCCGGGCAGCAGUGCAACUGCGCCCACGCCUCCUCAGGAUAACAAGCAACAGGCCAUGGAUUCGAUAGCCCCUGCUGCUGUGUCAGGAGCAACCCCAGUGCUGGUCUCUGCCUCCAUGCCCAAGGUGAUCUGGAGCCCAGCUGUCAUGACCCCGCAAGCCACCAUCCCACCCCGGCCUCUGUCCACCAUGAGCCCACCUGCUGCCGCCGACGCUGUCCCUGCGGCCAAACCAACCAGCGCCUCCAACUCCGACCCCAUAUCACCCGCUGCCAACCCGACCCCUGUCCUCAUUUCUGUCAACGCCACGCCGUACUGCGCUACAUCUCAGGGCUCCACCCCCACCGUCACCUUUGUCCCUGUGGAUCCUUCAGACGCCGUGACCGCUUUCGCUGUCACCACCAGACGAGCUCCCGUCUACCUGCCCUUCCAUUCGUCCCCUCUGCUGCCAGUCACGCAGCCCUCCACUGUCUCUCCUCCCCCCUCUACCAAAGUCGCCGCUCCUCUCUCAGCACCUUCCCCAAAGUCGUCCCCUCUGCUGAGCGCAGCGGAGCAGAGGAGCCCCCCGCUGGUGUCCACCGUGUGGGGCAUGGUCCACGGCGACACCAGACAGCCCACCUCGCUUCAGGUCGUAAAUGCUCCGGUCACAGCAGUGUGGGAACCAAAACACUCAGUGAGUGAAACUGUCAACUAGUCGCGAAGUGCCCUCGCCCCUCCACCCAUGUGUAUGAUGGGACGAAAGCUGGACAAACACUGUAAAUAGGAAACAUGUCUAUAUCGAAGGAGUCUGUGCCUACGGCUUGCUGGCAUCCACCGGGACAUUCGAGCCGCACUGCUUCAUGAACUUUUAUAGGGGAAAAAAAAGAUUGUUUAGAGAACAAAUCCCAACUUCUUGUUCUUGUUUAAAGCUGUUUUUAAACAAGAAGUAGCCUUUAAUUUUAGCUUCUGACUGCAGCUGGCCCACUCGGGAGCCACGCUGUGGAGAAUGUAUCGGAGGCCUACAAUCAUCACCCCCCGCCCCCCUGGAUUACAGUUCAUGGUGUGCAAUACGUUUCAUUUGUGGUUACUAAGUUGAGCAAAAGAAUAUUGACUGUACUGUACCUCCUCUGCUCUGCUCGUGCCAGUAUCAAAGCAAUGUUCAGACCAUUUUUAUUUUCAGUUCCUCAACGUAGAUUUUCCAUCAGUAUUUUUAUAGCAAUGCUACUAUGAUCAAGUGAUUGUUUAUGAUGUGAAGCAGGGAUUUUUUUUUUUUUUUUAAGACAUUAAUGUAGAAGUAUGAAUGUAGAAAUUGCAAUCAGUCACUGGUGGUUACGACACACUGGGUUGAUGGCAUCUCCUCUCCCUGAUGAUGACGCACCUUUUAGGCUCCUUUUUUUUGUUUGUUUGUUUGAAACUAAGGUCAAAGUAUUUCCCAGCAGUUUUCUACGUUUCCUCAGAGCUUCAGAAGUGUAGCCCUUCACACAAGUGUAGUUUCCGUGAAACUGGCGUAGCACAAUUGUGAGAUGAGUUUUCCAAGUUUACCAGCCUGUUUGAGCCGUUUUCUUUAUCUGGAAGGAUCAACUUUCGUUUUUUUUCUUCGUUCACCAUUCCUGUGUUUAUCCUGGAUGAACAUCUUCCACACUGCCAGCUGUGUCUUCAUGUUAAGGCAAAUGUGUUUGUGUGUUGCUCAGUAGAUUAUACCUCAUUUACAUGUUUACAACUACAGUCGCAUGAUUUAAGUGUUUUACGAUUCAUUAUUGUGGUCUCAGAAGCAGGUUUUAUAUUUCAUGUGUUUUAUCGGUUUUAGGAUGUUCAACAAUGUUUGUAAAUAUUUCGUUGGUCCUUUUUUUGUAGCGGCAUAUUUAUCUCAAACGGUGUCCUUCAUCUACAGCCAAGAGGAUCGUGUUAGUGACUGACUUUAGCAGUACGACCUGCUGCUGUGCCUUAAACCCUAGACUGAGGGAUGAUGUCCCAUUUUAAAAUUUGACAACCUCUCAAUAGUCUGUGCAAUAUAUGCCUUAAAGUGUGUUUGUAUCAGCAUUUCAAAGAAAUAAAC